AUGGUAAGAAGCACUACAGAAACCGGCACUACAGAAAUCGGCUCUAAAGAACCCGGCACUAUAGAAACCGGCACUACAGAAACAGGCACUAUACAAACAGGCACUACAGAAACAGGUACUAUACAAACAGGCACUACAGAAACACGCACUAUACAAACAGGCACUACAGAAACAGGCACUAUACAAACAGGCACUACAGAAACUGGCUCUACAGAAACCGGCACUACAGAAACAGGCAUUAAAGAAACCGGCACUAGAGAAACCGGUCCUACAGAAACCGGCACUACACAAAGGGGCACUAGAGAAACAGGCACUACAGAAACGGGCCCUACAGAAAAAGAAGCCGGCCCUACAGCAACCAGCCCUACAGAAACAGGCACUACAGAAACUGGCACUACAAAAACCAGUACUACAGAAACGGGCACUACACAAACGGGCACUACACAAACCGGCACUAAAGAAACCGGCACUAUAGAAACCGGCACUACAGAAACCGGCACUACAGAAACAGGCACUACAGAAAGAGAAACUACAGAAACAGACACUACAGAAACAGGCACUACAGAAACUGGCUUUACAGAAACCGGCACUACAGAAACAGGCACUACAGAAACUGGCACUACAGAAACAGGCACUACACAAACAGGCACUACAAAAACAGGUACUACAGAAACAGGCACUACAGAAACAGGCACUACAGAAAGAGGCACUACAGAAACAGGCACUACAGAAACAGGCACUACAGAAACUGGCACUACAGAAACAGGCACUACAGAAACAGGCACUACAGAAACAGGCACUACAGAAACAGGCACUACAGAAACAGGCACUACAGAAACAGGCACUACAGAAACAGGCACUACAGAAACAGGCACUACAGAAACAGGCACUACAGAAACAGGCACUACAGAAACAGGCACUACAGAAACAGGCACUACAGAAACAGGCACUACAGAAACAGGCACUACAGAAACAGGCACUACAGAAACAGGCACUACAGAAACAG